AUGCCAAAAAGCAAAAUUGUUAUUGGAAUUCCGACUUACGGUAGAGCAUAUCACCUCACAUCAUCGGCGAACGGUCUUGGUGCCAGCGCAAAUGGUCUCGCAGACCCUACUGAGAAUUUUGAUAUUGCAGUGCCGUACGAGGAGGUUAGUCUGCCGCUGUCAAGUUUGCUUUCUAAAAGGAAAGUUGUCUAUAAAACGCCACUGCAAUAA